ACAUUUACACCUGUGGCCUGCAAGGCGCGUCUUUCAAAUGUGACACAAAUAUAGAGGUGCCUUAUUUUGGUAGGGCUGAGGCGUCAAGGCUCUUCAGCGAGGGGUGGUAGCGCGACAGGCAGAGAUGAGAGUGGGAGGUCCUCUGUGGCGUGACGUCGCGAUUGGCCCGGUGCCUUUUUCUUCAGCAGGGUCUCCAUGCCUCUCUCUCUCCCUCUGUGAUCAGUGGGUGAGAGGGGGGAGACGAGCAACACACAGCGGAGAAUCCGGGUGUGCGCCUCCGUCAUCAUCAUUAUCAUCAUCCUGCUUGCCAUCGUCCUUUCCAUCACAGCGCCAGUUCUGGAACAGCCCACUUCGGUCCUGGAGACGCCCGAGUCUGCAGCAGCAGCAGCAGCAGCAGCAGCGCGAUCUGCGUUUUUUCCCCCCCCAGCCUUUUAUCUGAAUGACGGGCGGAAGGUUUGAUUUCGACGACGGUGGCACUUACUGCGGGGGGUGGGAGGAUGGCAAAGCCCAUGGGCACGGCAUCUGCACCGGACCCAAGGGCCAGGGCGAAUACGCCGGGUCCUGGUCGCACGGCUUCGAGAUCGUAGGGGUGUACACCUGGCCAAGCGGGAAUACCUACAAGGGCUACUGGUCCCAGGGGAAGCGGCACGGGCUCGGCGUGGAGAAUAAAGGCAGGUGGAUCUAUCGAGGAGAGUGGAGUCACGGCUUUAAGGGUCGCUACGGGGUCCGGCAAAGCCACAACACACCUGCCAGAUACGAGGGGACCUGGAGCAACGGGCUGCAGGAUGGAUAUGGGGUCGAAACGUACGGCGAUGGCGGUAAGAGCCCACAAUCGUCCUUGUGGCUUUAACACAUCAUGUGUUAU